GCGCUACCUCAAGGAGCACAACGAGCGCCAGUUCUUCCUGGAACUAGUCAAGGACAUCUCCAAUGACCUGGACCUCACCAGCCUCAGCUACAAGAUCCUCAUCUUCGUCUGCCUCAUGGUGGACGCGGACCGGGGAUCCCUCUUCCUCGUGGAGGGGACCUCCGCCGGCAAGAAGACCCUGGUGUCCAAGUUCUUCGACGUGCACGCCGGCACCCCGCUGCUGCCCUCCGGCUCCACCGAGGACAGCAACGAGGUGCAGGUGCCCUGGGGCAAGGGCAUCAUCGGCUACGUGGCGGAGCACGGAGAGACGGUCAACAUUCCCGAUGCCUACCAGGAUCGACGCUUUAAUGAUGAGAUUGACAAACUGACUGGGUACAAGACAAAGUCACUCUUGUGCAUGCCCAUAAGAAACAGUGAUGGAGAGAUUAUUGGUGUUGCCCAAGCAAUAAACAAGACUCCAGGAGGUGCCCCUUUUUCUGAUGAUGAUGAAAAGGUGAUGCAGAUGUACCUCCCCUUCUGUGGGAUUGCCAUAUCCAAUGCCCAGCUAUUUGCAGCUUCAAGGAAGGAAUAUGACAGAAGCAGGGCUUUACUGGAAGUAGUGAAUGACCUCUUUGAGGAACAGACUGACUUAGAGAAAAUUGUCAAGAAAAUCAUGCAUCGGGCCCAGACUCUCCUGAAGUGUGAGCGGUGCUCGGUGUUACUUCUGGAAGACAUUGAGUCACCAGUGGUGAAAUUCACAAAAUCUUUCGAAUUGUUAUCUCCAAAAUGCAGUGCUGAUACUGACAACAGUUUCAAAGACAGUGUGGAAAAAUCAUCUUAUUCAGACUGGCUAAUAAACAACAGCAUUGCUGAACUCGUGGCUUCCACAGGUCUCCCAGUGAACAUCAGUGAUGCCUAUCAGGAUCCCCGCUUUGAUGCUGAGGCUGACCAAAUUUCUGGCUUUCACAUAAGAUCUGUUCUGUGUGUUCCUAUAUGGAACAGCACCCACCAAAUAAUUGGGGUAGCUCAAGUGUUGAACAGGCUUGAUGGGAAAUCCUUUGAUGAUGCUGACCAGCGACUGUUUGAAGCUUUUGUUAUUUUUUGUGGCCUGGGUAUCAACAACACAAUUAUGUAUGACCAAGUGAAGAAAUCCUGGGCAAAACAGUCUGUGGCUCUUGACGUGUUGUCUUAUCAUGCAACAUGUUCGAAGGCAGAAGUUGAUAAAUUCAAGGCAGCAAACAUCCCUCUGGUGUCAGAGCUUGGCAUUGACGAUAUCCAUUUUGAUGACUUCUCACUCGAUGUGGAUGCCAUGAUUACUGCAGCCCUGCGGAUGUUCAUGGAACUUGGAAUGGUUCAGAAAUUUAAAAUUGACUACGAGACGCUGUGUAGGUGGCUUUUGACGGUGCGGAAGAACUAUCGAAUGGUCUUGUAUCACAACUGGAGGCACGCUUUCAACGUCUGCCAGCUGAUGUUUGCCAUGUUAACUACCGCAGGAUUUCAGGAGAUUCUAACUGAAAUUGAAAUUUUAGCUUUGAUUGUGGGAUGCUUGUGUCACGACCUUGACCACAGGGGAACCAACAAUGCCUUCCAAGCCAAGAGUGGAUCAGCCUUAGCUCAGCUCUACGGCACCUCUGCUACCUUGGAGCACCACCAUUUCAAUCAUGCUGUCAUGAUUCUCCAAAGUGAGGGUCACAACAUCUUUGCUAACUUGUCCUCUAAGGACUACAGUGACCUUAUGCAGCUUCUAAAGCAAUCAAUAUUGGCAACAGACCUCACUCUGUAUUUUGAGAGAAGGACCGAGUUUUUUGAGCUUGUCAGUAAAGGUGGUUAUGAUUGGAAUAUAAAAAACCACCGAGAAGUAUUUCGAUCAAUGCUAAUGACAGCCUGUGACCUUGGAGCUGUGACCAAACCGUGGGAGAUUUCAAGACAGGCAACUGAGCUGGUAACCAGUGAGUUCUUUGAACAAGGAGACAGAGAAAGAUCUGAACUCAAACUCACUCCUUCAGCCAUUUUUGAUCGGAACAGGAAGCAUGAACUACCCAGGUUGCAGCUCGAGUGGAUUGAUAGCAUCUGCAUGCCAUUGUAUGAGUGUCUAGUGAAGCUGAAUGUGAAACUGAAGCCUAUGCUGGACUCCGUGGCAGUAAAUAGAGCACAGUUUGCUUUUCCUGGAAGGCUUAGUGGGACUGACCGGAAGCCUGCAGUGGGAUUGUGCUGGUAUCUGGAGCGACACGGAGCACUGAACAGAAGCGUUCAUUCAGCUCCACUGCAUUUCAACUGCUGCUGUAAAAAUCUGACAACAGACUGAAAUAUAAGAACUCACAGCUUAAUAAAAUUAAUAAUACAGACCAAGACUGGGAUACAAGCUGGCCAAUUCAUAUGCAAGGAGCUGCAGAAAACAGAAUAGUGUGUAAUUACAUUGUUGUUUUGCAUCUCUUCAGUACAUGUUAUGAAUCAAUUAUGCCUGCUUUUGUGAUGCUCCUCUCUUACUCUCCCUCCUCUUUUAUGCCUGAAUGUUCUGAAAAGCCUGCUUUGUAUUCUGAAGAAGUAUUUUUUUACAACAAGGCUUCUUAGUGAUUGAUCAGGGCCUUUAGAAUUGCCUACCUUUGCUACAUUUAAAAACAAACUUUAUUAUCUUUAAAAACACCAAGCUGUCCCUUCUUCCCUGAGAAAUUCAUAUGAACACUGCAGCAAAUUUCUCAGCAAGAAGAAGUUUGCAUAAAGGCAAAAUAUUGCAUGGUCAUUUUAGAGUGGGGUUUUUUUCUUUUAAAAAUGCUCUUAUAACACAUUCUUUUUUUUUUUUUUUUUUAAUUAUAGUGUUGCCUAAGAAAAAGAUUAAUAGGGUUUUUUUUUGAAAAUAGAAUACAAAUAAAAAAGGAAAUCUGUUGCUUUGUUCUUCAGGAUUAUAUUACAUUAAAAACCAGAAAAAAUGAUAAGCCUUUUUACUAUAAUUUCCAGUAGAAAUUAGUAUUUUGAAAUGGUGGAGAGGUAGAAUAUCAUCACACUGAAUUACCCCUGACUCUCUCGCAGUUCUUUCAGUACAAUUUCAAGUGCUAUUGCUACAGCUAGCACAGCAUUAGUCAAGGCUCACACAUUGACACCCGUGGUAAAGGUGUCCCUAAAAAUCGAAUCAAAUAUGAUAGGUCACAAAACCAAAUGUCUCUCUGUGAUGACCCUAGAAUUACCUGAAAGUUGGUCUCCUUCCAUUAGUGUCAAGAUCACUAAUGCAGCAAACCUGUGAUCUGUGAUUUGAGGAUUUCUCUGCUGCAUGACCAGACACAAGAGGAGUCAUGUUGCAGUGCUUAUGAGUGCCCAUUCAUAGGGGGAAAAAAAAAGCCUUUGUACUUGAUGAAAAAUGGGAUUCUAAAUAUAGGGUUGUCUGGCAGCAGAAAUUAAAGCUGAAUUCAGCUUAGUUUUACACCUGUGCCAAACUCCAUUUACAUCAGUGGAAUUACCUUGAACUGGCACCAGGCUUAAUGGAAAUCAGAACCUGACCCAGCUGACCAGAUGCUAAAAGAGCUUUUCUCCUUUCUAAGGAAACUGAGUUGUUUGAGCCUUAGAAAAGCUGACUACAUGAAACAGAAACAACAAAUCUGCUGAUGCCUUCUUUAAAAGAAACACAACAAAACCAAAAUGCUCUGUGCUUCUAAUGGUGUAUAGGACAAUAGCUGGAAAUUCAGUAGCAUUGUGAACCAAUCUGUUAGUGCACAACUGAAGCACAUCACUCUCUAGCAGAAGGAAGCAGGGAAGGAGCAGAAAUGCAAACUGCACAGCAGUGUGUACACACACCAAAUGGAAAUGUUUCUGCUGUUCUUUUGCAGCUUCUUUCUUCUCUGAAUAAAGCCAGAGCAGUUUAGUAAGCAGCAAGCCAUACUAACCUACACCACGUACUUUAUUGGAAAAACAGCUACUAGGAACCGACAGUACUGCUGGCAGGUACACACAGCUUUCCUGAAUUUUGAUAUUGCGUACUGCUAAGUGUAACUUAAUUUAUAAUGCAUACCCUACGGCCUCCCCGAAGGUUGAGUCUCCCCUCAUUUCCUCUCCUUUUAUUGGCUUCAGUGCACUGUUGCCCAUGGCAACACCCACUGGCAGGGAUGGGGACUCGGCAGCACCGCAGCCUGACACACAGCUGAAGCCCUAACAAUGUCAACCAUCAAUCAAGUGACUGUUUGUAAUUGCCUCCAUCUAUUUCUCCUGUCUUUUGGUAGCUUUGCCAUUGUGGGUCAAAAUUCAGAAACUGCUGACUAAUGUUAUGGUUCUGUUCCUCCAUCACAAGGAAGAAAAUGAGAGCACAUGGCUUGAUCUUAUCAAAUUGUUCUCAGGAAAAAGGAGCAACCCUACUGAAACUAGGGGGCCCAGCAGUGCAUCUCAGAACGGCAUUCAGUCUCUGAAAGUCAUUUUGCUCAAUCUUAAAAAAACUAACCAACUAAACAAACAAAAACCUUAUCUUCUUUUUUUAAGACUUAGCUUAGGAAACAGGGGAAAAAAAAGUGAGAAAAAGAGGAUUCUUUGUAGAAGCAUGUAGUACAUUAAAGAAACAUGUUUCAAUUCUAUUAUAUUUUAAGAUUGUUGGAAACAUUUUUUAGUUACUGCGUAUAAACUUGAUGAUCAGAAAUUGUAUCUGCUUUUCAUUAUUUCUGAUAGGGAAACAAUUUCCCAAUAUUUCAGUCAGUUUUGCCAGACUCUGAGAUGUGCACGAGAGACACGAUUAUGUAGGUUAUUUAAUCUCAUUCUCUGUCUUUUACUUGCUUCCCUGCCUGCUGAACAAGGGGAGAUUAAAAAAAAAGCAACAUUGAAAUCAGCCUAAUUCUGUGAAUGCAUAUAAAACACAGGUCCACA